CAACACCUCCAAACCACCACCACGACCACCAAAAAUCCAUCACCCCCAUCACCCCCAUCAACCACCGCCGCCAUGUCCCUCCGCAUCAUUCCCGCCGCCCCGCACGCCUCCAAGGUCAGCACCAUUGCCGACGGCACCGCCGCGCCCAGCGCACCCUCGGUCCGCGACAGUCUGCGCACGCAGGGCCCGCACCGCAUAGCGGCGGACCUCAACAACCGGCACCCGCUCGAAGCGCGCCUCAAGAAUUGGGACGCCACACAGAUGUCGCUGAAGAUGGAGGGGCUGCGCCGUCUCUACGGCGCCGCGGAGCCCAUCCGGAGAGGCAUGGAGAUCAGCUUCUGCAACGACUACAAGCCCGCCCAGCUCGGUGGCCCAAGCAACCUCCACAGGGAUAUCCUCGAGAAUAGGGAUUGCGAUAUUACUUGGGAGGAUAUCUACUCUGGUCAGUGCUACGGGGAGAUGGGCUGCGAUGUCCGCGGGGGAGUGGGUGGGAUGAUGGAGGCCGUGCUAACGUUGGGGUUUGGGUAGGCAACGACAACGUCUACGAACU